UUCGAGUUCUAGGACAGACUGGAAUCUCUCUAAGUUCUAAACCCUCUCUCUGUAAACUACCUCCACUUCCGGUGCCACCACCCACCGGGAAAAUGAAGUUCCAAAUCGAAGACGUUACUGUGUACUUCCCCUACGACAACAUAUACCCGGAGCAAUAUGCGUACAUGGUGGAACUGAAACGUGCCCUAGACGCCAAGGGCCAUUGCCUGUUAGAAAUGCCGACAGGUACCGGAAAAACAAUUGCCUUACUCUCCUUAAUCACAAGUUACACGCUUUCGAAGCCCUCCAAUCCGGUGAAACUCCUUUACUGUACUCGCACAGUACACGAAAUGGAAAAAACCCUAGCUGAACUCAAAUUGUUGCAUAAUUACCAGCUCCACCAUUUGGGCCCUUCUGUACGGAUGCUCGCACUCGGAUUGUCGUCGAGGAAGAAUUUGUGCAUAAAUCCGAGUGUUGUUUCAGCUGAGAAUCGGGAUUCCGUGGAUGCCGCGUGUAGGAAGCUUACAGCUAGUUGGGUCCGGGCUAUGGCUAUAGAGAAUCCGAAUGUUCGGACUUGUUCCUUUUUUGAUAAUUAUGAAAAGGCUGCCUCUGAUGCCAUUUUGCCUCCUGGUGUUUAUACUCUACAGGAUUUGAGGGCAUUCGGGAAGGAGAAAGGGUGGUGCCCGUACUUUUUGGCACGGCACAUGGUGCAGUUUGCAAACGUGGUCGUUUAUAGCUAUCAGUACCUGCUCGAUCCCAAGGUUGCUGGAAUCAUAUCGAAGGAGAUGCAGAGAGAGUCUGUUGUUGUUUUUGAUGAGGCUCACAAUAUUGACAAUGUGUGCAUUGAGGCACUCAGUGUCAGUGUAAGGAGUCAGACACUUGAAGGCGCAAUGAGGAAUCUUAAUAGGAUGUCUCAGGAGAUUGAUAGGUUAAAGGCCACCGAUGCUGGUCGAUUGCGUGCAGAAUACAACCGGCUUGUUGAAGGUUUGGCACAAAGGGGAAACCUUCCGAUUGGUGACACCUGGUUUGCAAAUCCUGCGUUACCCGAUGAUAUUCUUAAGGAAGCUGUGCCUGGAAACAUAAGGCGGGCAGAGCACUUUCUAUCUGUUUUGCGUAGAUUAAUCCAGUAUUUUAAAGGGCGAUUGCAAACUGAAAAUGUUGAAAAGGAGGGUCCUGUUUCUUUCGUUGCUUCAAUCAACACACAAGUUGGGAUUGACCAGAAAAUGUUAAGGUUUUGUUAUGACCGCCUUCACUCCCUCAUGUUGACUUUGGAGAUAACUGACACGGAUGAAUUUUUACAUAUCCAAACAAUUUGUGAUUUGGCUACGCUCGUGGGGACCUACACUCGGGGAUUUUCAAUUAUAAUUGAACCUUUCGAUGAAAGAAUGCCACAUAUACCUGAUCCCGUGCUGCAGCUUUGUUGUCAUGAUGCUUCUCUUGCCAUAAAGCCUGUAUUUGAACGAUUCCAAUCAGUAGUUAUUACCUCUGGGACUCUCAGCCCCAUUGAUCUUUACCCUCGUCUUCUCAACUUCAAUCCUGUGGUUAGUCAAAGCUUUACCAUGUCUUUGACGAGGGAUUGCAUAUGUCCAAUGGUUCUCACUCGUGGAAGUGACCAGCUCCCUGUAAGCACGAAAUAUGAUCUGAGAAGUGAUCCUGGUGUUGAGAAAAACUAUGGGAAACUUUUGCUUGAGAUGGUGUCUGUUGUCCCAGAUGGAAUUGUAUGUUUCUUUGUUAGUUAUUCUUAUAUGGAUGGAAUCGUCAAUAGUUGGCAUGAAUCAGGAAUUUUGAAGGAGAUAAUGCAACAUAAACUAGUUUUCAUAGAGACUCAGGAUGUUGUUGAAACGACAUUGGCAUUAGAUAAUUACCGUAGAGCUUGUGAUUGUGGACGAGGUGCUGUUUUUUUCUCUGUUGCCAGGGGAAAAGUCGCAGAAGGUAUAGACUUUGAUAGACAUUAUGGAAGACUUGUCAUCAUGUUUGGUGUUCCUUUCCAGUACACAUUAAGCAGAAUAUUACUUGCAAGACUGGAGUAUUUAAGGGAGACUUUCCAGAUAAAAGAGGGCGAUUUUCUGACUUUUGAUGCUUUGAGACAAGCUGCUCAGUGUGUAGGACGAGUUAUCCGUUCAAAGGCUGAUUAUGGGAUGAUGAUAUUUGCUGACAAGAGAUAUAGCCGUCAUGACAAACGCUCUAAGUUGCCUGGAUGGAUAUUGUCGCAUUUGCGUGAUGCGCACCUGAACCUGAGUACUGACAUGGCUGUGCAUAUAGCAAGAGAGUUCCUAAGGAAGAUGGCUCAGCCAUACGACAAGACUGGUGCAAUGGGGAAGAAAACCCUUUUGUCCCAAGAAGAUUUGCAGAAAACUGGCAAUGGCAUCGGGGAAAUGUUGUUUUGAGAGUUUAUUCAUCAUUUAGUUUUCAGCUUUUUGGUUAUGAUUUACGGUUGCAGUGGAGUUGGUUUGUUAAUGGAAGGAAAAGCUUUGUGCACUUCCUAUUGUGGGACGAUGCUGGAAUGGGUCGAGGCAGUUGAUCUGAAGGUGUUGAACUUUGCUAGAUGACUGAACUUGUGGAUUUCUGCACAAUGAAUUUUUUCAUCAUCUUGUAGAUGAAGUUUUAAUAGUACCUCGUAUCCAUAUCGUUCUUGUACUAUUAUAUUUAAAUCCAUAACGAAAAAUUCAAUGUACAUUUCUACCACUAGUUAAUUAUAUAGGGUGCAAACUCAAUGGCGAUUUUUCU